AGCUGGAGCAGCUCUGGAGCAGCUCUGGAGCAGCUUUGGAGCAGCUUUGGAGCAGCUUUGGAGCAGCAUGGCCUCUGGCUGCGUGCUGCAGAUCACCGGGCUGAUUUUCGGCGGCGUGGGCAUGGUGGGCACGCUGGCGGCCACGGCCAUGCCGCAGUGGAGGGUCUCUGCCUACGUGGAGGGCAACAUGGUGGUGUUUGAGAGCAUCUGGGAGGGGCUGUGGAUGGACUGCAUCAGCCAGCUGGGCCUCAGGCUGCAGUGCAAGUUCUACGACUCGCUGCUGGCGCUGCCGCCGGGGGGGGGGGGGGGGGGGGGGGGGGGGGACGACUCGCUGCUGGCGCUGCCGCCGCCGCUGGAGGCCUUCCGGGCCCUGAUGUGCCUGGCGGUGGGGCUGGCCGUGCUGGCCUUCCUGCUGGCCAUCGCGGGCCUGCAGUACGGCCAGCGGGGCCGCAAGGGGCCCCGGGCCGGCGGCCCCCUGCUGCUGGCGGCCGUGUGCUCUCCAACACUCAACCCCCACCGUAAAAGCGACUAA